UAAAUAUUUACAAUUACAAGGUACUUAUCUUAUGUUUAUAUAAAGUUAGAUAGGUAGAAUGGUAGAUAGCUUGAUAAUUUUAGUAUUGCAAAAAUGAGUAGAUGGGUUGGUAGUGUAGCGCUUGUAACAGGUGCAAGUGCUGGUAUAGGUAAAGCUAUUUCAGAGAAAUUAGUUGAAGCUGGUGUAAAGGUAAUUGGCGUUGCUAGAUCAAAAGACAAACUAGAUGAGCUUGCAAAAAAUCUAUCUUCCAAGCAAGGAAAAUUCUACGCAUUUCGUGGGGAUGUUUCUAAAGAAGAAGAUAUUCUUGCCUCUUUUAAAUGGGCAAAAGAGAACGUAGGCUCGAUCAGUAUCCUCAUAAACAAUGCUGGUGUAGCUCCAUAUUUAUCUUUUAUGGAAACUCCAACUAAAGAGUGGACAAAUAUAUUAAAUAUAAACGUACUAGCUGCUACCAUUGGUGCCAGAGAAGCCAUCAAGCAGAUGGAUGAAAGUCGUAUCGAUGGCCACAUUAUCAAUAUUAAUAGCAUAGCAGGCCAAAGGAUUCUUGGUCAAAUUCCCAAUUUACACAUGUAUCAAGCCAGUAAAUAUGCUCUCACAGCGAUGUCUGAAACUUUACGUAUAAAUCUGGCCCAAUUAGGAUCAAAAAUAAAAAUAACGAACAUCAAUCCUGGAAUGGUAAAUACAGACAUGGUGAGGCCUAGUAUAGAACACAUGAGAAAAAUGAAUAAAGAAGCACAGAUAGAGAGGCCAAUGCUCGAAGCAGAUGAUAUUGCUGAAGCAGUCCUAUAUGCUUUGUCAACACCCAAACAUGUACAGAUUCCACAACUCACCAUACAAGCAGUUGGAGAGCCAUAGUAGAUCAAAAAUAAUGUGAAAAAUCAUGUUUAUUAAAUAGUUAUUAUAAAAAAAAUUAUAGUAUGUUUCUUAUUAUUAUUGUAUUUCAAUUAUGAUUAAAAAAUUAAAAGUUAUAUAA